GAACGUAUCCCCGCCUUGUCAUUGUGACACCGUUUUUAUCCACCCACUUACAAUUUACUUAGCUCAGGUCAGUUGACAUGGACGACAAGAGGGCCUUGUGUGAACCACCGCCACUUCCUGCUGAAGCAGUAGGUGCAUCUCAAGAGUCUCUCCGAGAUGUUGUGGAAAGAAUUAGGUCAGAGGUUGAAACACAAGCCAAGACUAUUGAUUCCCUGUGCAAAACUCUAAUCAUGCACGAGGCAGAGAGAACCCAGAAUCUCAAUACCAUGGCAGUCCUUCAAUCCGAGGUGCACCAUUUGGCUGCACAUGUUGCCGCCCAGCACCUUGAGGAGCGUUUUGAGGGUCUACGCUGUGAGGUCUCCACUGAGCUCCACUACCUGCGCAGUCUCCUGUCCCACUCUCCCUGCUCCUGUCCUACUCUCCAAGCCUCCUGCUCCAGCACUCACCCCUCAGACAUCCAGAGGCAGGCUGCCAUCAACCACAUCUCUCAGGAACUCUACCACAGUCGAAGAGUCCUGUGGGAGCAGAUUGCUGAGCUAAGGGAGGAAGUCCACAACAUUCAUGGCCUGCUUAAAAAAUUAAGAGAUGAAACUAUGCGCAGAUUGACAGAGAAAUACUGCAAAGAUAUGUGCUUGGAGAGGAUGAUUGACAGCUAUCAGAUGAAGGACGACGCUCUCAAAAUACAGAGGCCUCAGGACAUGCUCAGGUCAAAUGCAAGGUCAGAUGUUUCUGAGUUACAGAAUAAGUUUCAGACUAUAACAAUAUCGAAAGGCAAGGCUCCCAAUAAAACAGGCCGAACUGAACGAAUAGGACAGAGGGUUAUGCCAGCCAAUUCAGAUUCAGAUGAAGGGCAAAGUGGAACAUGUGCCAAAGGAAUGACACCAAAGAUCAAAGAGGAAAUCAAUGUGUCUGCCAGAAGGAAAUAAAGUUCAUAGCUGGAAUCCUCUAUCAACCUUUUGCCCUACCUUGUCUCACACUGUCUUCUUUAUGACAGCCAAAUAAAAUAACAUUUGGUCUACUCUGACAAUUAUUUUCUGUUUGAGCUUUGUGCAUUCAACACAUUUCUUUAUCAAUAAUUCACGUAAAAGGCUGUUAUUUUUUUAUCAAUAAUUAUGUACUGUAGACUAU